AUGGAAGCUACAAACUAUGUUGAAAAAUACUUGCCACCAGAGAUCGUGCAAAAGUUAGAGGCUGGAGCUUUUCAGAGUGUAUGUAAUCACCUGAGAGAAAGGAGCGACGAGGUGCAGAACCUUGAUAUCAUGACGGUUUCUGGAUUCUGUCGAAACUGUUUGGCCAAGUGGAUGGUUGUGGAGGCAAGGAAGCUGUCCGACGACAUGAAGAAUGGAGAAGAGACAAAGGUUGAAAACUUGGAUGGGGUUUUGCAAUCUCUGGAUGCCAUGGGAUACGACGAGGCAGCGCAGUAUGUUUAUGGAAUGGCAUACGGGGAUUGGAAGAAGCGACACGCAAAAAAGGCCUCUGAUGAAAAAAUGGAACUCUUCAAUUCAAGCAAACCACUGUGGGCAAAACAUGACAAGACGGUGUUGGCCAAACGUGCAGAAGCGCCAGCAUCGCAAGCCGCAUCUGUAGAGAAAUCAUCGGAUUCUUCCAAGGCUACUGGUGGGGCAUCCCCCCUUUUGUCAAAUGUGUGCUGUCAGGAUGUUGAUAAUUCAACCAACCAGAUAGAACCACCCAAGCCAAAAUCCACCAGCAGGACACGACAAUUGCCACCAUUUGAGGCACCUCCCCCACCUACCAUUUCGUUUUCGCUUGGUGUCUUGACGGUUAGCGAUCGGGCAUCGACGGGUGAGUACAAGACGGGAGAUCUCUCUGGCCCUGCCGUCAAGGAAGCUGUCGUCAAUGCGGUAAAGUCGUAUGGCGAAUCGGUCAAAAUCUCCAAAUCUGAAAUUUCUAUUGUGCCAGAUGAGCCUGAAGCGAUUCAACGCAAGCUGAAAGAGUGGGCCGACGGCUCUAGCUAUGAUAUGAUUCUGUGCACGGGUGGUACUGGCUUUGGUUCCCGAGACGUAACUCCUGAAGCUGCUAGUGAAGUAUUUGAACGAUCCUGUGAAGGUUUGAUGACUUUUGUCACUAUGGAAUGUGCAAAGAUGCAACCACUGGCAGCCCUGUCUCGUGGAACGGCGGGCACUCGUGGAAACACUCUCAUUGCAACACUUCCUGGAAAUCCAAAGGCAUCGAAGGAGAUUAUCCCUAUUCUGCUGCCACUGGCAUUGCACGCAGUUGCUGAUAUGAAAAUCCAAUAG